CUUAAUUCACCUGUGAGGCUAGCUCCUGUUAAUGCCUACAUUUGAUCUGUGUGGAACAAUAAAUAGCUAUUAAUUUGGUGUGUUGCAUGUGGAGAAGGUAGAUGAUAUUUGAGGAAAGAGCUGGGAAGAGCAGUAGGUGCCUUUGCAUGCUACUUGUGCACUUUCACUUCUGAAUUCCUAGCUUCGUUUUACUUUACCUGUGUUUAUAACAACCUGUCUUUCUGUGCUUCCAUAGCUUUUAAAUUUAUUUGAUUUCUUAAAUAUCUUGCCAUAUCUUUGCUUUUUCUUCCCUCUAAAUAGACUGUAGAAUAACUUCAGGGGCAGUAGCUUUCAGUGAUCAUAGAAUCGGUAAGGUUGGAAGAGACCUUUAAGAUCAAGUCCAAACGUGAACCUGUCAACACUAUCACUGUAACCCCUAAAGCACUAAACCAUAUCACCCACACAGCACCAGAAUUCUUCCCUUUGAAGAAGACUGAACAGUCUGGACAGUGCUGAUCAACAUCAUUAGACCUCAUGGCUAUCUUUGGUGCUGAAUUAAAAUUUUGGUUUUUAUAGUUAGGUUUUUUGGAUGUGGUCUAGAGUUCUUAUUUUAAGUUUAUUUAGAUCAAGAGCCCCAUUUUAGUGUGACGUGUUGUUUUGUAGAUGUUCAUUUUAAAAUAUAGUAAUUAGAAUUUUGGUAUUAAGUAUUUUCAUCCAUCAGGUCCCUUUUAUGCAGGGAUGUUAUAUCUUGGCCAUAUUUAUAGAAAUAUCUUACUUAUUUUAUUACUAGUUUAUUUACUUAGUGAAAGUAUUUGUUCUUAAUUGAUGUGGAUGGUCAAAUCUAUAAUCUCACUUAGAAUUAACAUUAGGAUUUUGCUAGAUGUCACUGUUUGGAUUAAGAUUUUUUGCAUUCAGGGUGUGUGACUGUGUGCAGCUUCUAAAAGCUGUCUUAAAGCAACAGUUAAUUUAGGGUUUGUGAUUCAAUCGUGCAGAGCUAGGAAAUGAGUGAAUGAGAGUCAUCACUUUCAACUGUGCCAGUUUAUUCAUCUGUAUGAAAAUAAGUAAAGCAGUAACCUGUAUGCUGAGGAGAUGAUUUAAAUUAUUUCAGAUAUUGACUAGGUUUGGACUUUAUUGUGAAUGUGUUUAUAUUUACAUAUGUAACUUAAAAGGAGACGGGAAAUCCCAGAGCUGCAGAUUGCUGUCAGCUGGCAAAGUACACCAAAGCAUGGUUGCUGUAUGUUUACUCUGUUCUUGUUCUCUAUGCAUCCACUAGCAGUACUUAUUAGAAACAGGAUACCGUGUCAGGUGGACCUUGAACCUGAGUUAGCAUUGCGUUGCUGUAUUUGUAAUAAAAUGUUUUCUGUGUAGGAGCACAUCGUUAGGAAGUUAAAUUUUAAAUUAAGCAGAUGUCUGAGCUGUAAGUUUUUAAGUGUACAGUAUAAAAGUCAACACCAAGUACAGAAAAAGCAGGCUAAGGAAUGUACUUUUACUUUGGAAGUUUAUUUGCAUUUUUUUAACAUCCCAACACCUGAUAGGAAAUGGUCACAAGUAUGUUUUCUAAGUGGCAACUUCCAGUCCUUUUUGGAGUGCCUUGUAGGAGUACUGUGCUUCUCACGAAGAUGAUAAAUCUGCAACUCCCAUCUUAUGAUGUUGCAAUGUUGCCUUUCACUGAAACUCUAGCCUUAGUUCUGCUUUCAUGCACUGAAUCUUCCCUUUUUCUGUAGCAAGCACCUGGGCCACCCGUGAGCCUUUCAUUUAUCUCUAGCAUGUGGAAGGGAGCAGAAGGGAUCUAUAAAAACUCGUUCAGUAGCAUCUUCCCUCCAAACUGGUUCUUCAUUGUUAAGUUUUACUGUGGAACUUGCUAUGAUAAUGAGUAAAAGCAGGAAAAAAAUCCAGUCUUGCUGCUAGCAAAGUGUCUGUUAGUUGCCUUCUAGAGUAUGUUUUGGAAAGUUAUUGCAGUGAGUUAAGCAAGUUUGACCAUCUAGAACUACAUGAAUUAUGUGUAGGAGUGAUGAAAGCUUCCCACAUAGUUGUGUUAAUGCAAUUUAAUCCUAGGCUAUGGUGUGUGUAUUCUUUCUGACCUCAUCUCCUACUUGCUGCUGGUUUUUGUUUGUUAAAGAAAAGAUGGAGUAUAUUAAAUUAUGUCUUCCUAAUUUUAGUCUUACAAGUAAAAUAAUAUAACUGAUUUUAUUUAUACCUGCUUUCAGUGGAUUGUGGACAUUUCUAUCACAAGUUAUAUCAUAUACUUAUCUAAUACAGUACCUUGCCCUGUAUUACAGAAAUAGACAGGGCACAAACAUUACUUAAUGUACUUCAAAUAACUUUUACACUGCAGUAUCCUUAAAAGCCCUUGACAGCCCAUACCACUAGCUCUGUCCCAUGUCAUGUUGGCCAUAUGGCAGGUCUGAGAACAGCUUUGAUGCCAUGUUUUUGUAUUUUACUGAAUCAUUUUUGAGCAUUGCCAUGAGAUGUUCAGUAAAGUUCUUUGACAAAUGAGUUUUGAACGGCAGCAGUAGAUGAUAGAUACGUUGACAUGCUCUUUAUUUUAGCUGACAGUCUUGCAUUUAGGGGAAAUCCAUCAGAAAUAAAAAAUAAAGCAUAUCUGAAUAUGUACAAAACUUUGAUUUCCUUGAAUAUCUGCUUUCAUUAUGCUUAACUACCAAGGAACCCCCAUUUUGGUAGCCUAACAGAUUCCAUGUGUUCUUAAGCAGACUGGUCUUUGGGACUCCGGGUUUUGUCCUGAAAAUGUUUUGCCAAUCUACAUUAUAAAUCAUGGCUAGAAUUAAUCUUAUCUCACAGUUGCAAGCUUUGAAGAAAAGAUGAGUUGCUAAUAUUAAAGAGUUUUCAUUCUGUUUAAUCUCUUGGAAUCACAUCUUGCUACAGUGGCCAACAUUUUUAAUUUUUUUUUUUCUGGUCAGUGAUGUAAUAAGCCAGCAACAAAAAGCUCACGAAAUGAACUCAUUGUUUAUGUCCUCAAUGACAUCAGUAUUUAAAGAGAAUAGUUCCAUUAGUCCAUAAACUGUAACUACAAACUAUAUUAAAGAGGAGUUAUAUGUAAUAUAAAUUGGAGAUCUGAGUGGUAUUGUAAUUUGCAGUGUGCAGAGGAGAUGGUGACAUAUGAACAUGGAAGGAAUAGGCCUGCCUUGACCCUGUUUUGGCUGCCAGGUGUUUGCCAUACAUGCACCAGGGCUGCUCCUGCGUGUGUUCCAUGGUCUGCUGCUCCAAUUCUGCAGUUUAUUGCCAAGAGGAGAUGUGGGGUGUUCUCAGUUUGUAGGACGAGUAGGCAGUGCAUUAUGGACAUUUGCUGGAUGUUGGUGGGCACAGCCAGUUAUGGUCUGGAAGUUAUUGCUGACUUUCAAAGCAGAGUAAUUAGCUAUCAUGAAGCAAAUAAAUGAGCAUCUUUACUACAGGCAAGAAGUCACAAGUACUUAAGGGCUUCUUAAUGUGGACUUAUUCAGUGCAGUGAUAGAAGGCUUACACCUAGAAUUUUGUACCAGAAUUUGUAUAUUGUUCAUGUAUAAAAUGGGAUUAUACGUCUGAAGUCUUACAGAUAUUUAUAAGUUAGAUAAAGCUUAUCUGUACACAUUUUGAAAUCAUUAUUUUGCUUAAUUAUAAUUUUAAGACCAAUUUAUCUAGCACAGGCGUGGAGGAAGAAUAAAUAAGCAAUUUGAAAUCUUCUCUCCCCCCAGUUAAAAUAAGUCUUUUGACUUCUCUUGUUUCUGCAGAGCUUCGUAGAGAAUCAGAUAUUUGGCAGUUAACUACUUUAAAUUUAUUCUCCUAAUAUUUAGAAUAAAAAAUGCAAGUAUAUAGUAUUUCCAAUACUGACUAGAAUGUUAUGUUACUAUUAGCUUUUCCCUUUUCUUUCAGAUUCCAUAGACUCUCAGCUUGACAAUCUGAAAAAUGCAUUAUCUUAUACUGCUGUUGAAGUGAAGUUAUCCAGGAGAAGCUGGGAGAUAACAUAAAUCUUUGUAGACAACUUGGCUGCAAGCAGUUAAACUGAAAUAAACUUCUGCCUUCUGGCUGCAGUGCUGCUCUGAGGUUUCUGCGUGACGCUCUGCAGACUAAAUCAUGCCAGCGUUAUCAACUGGAUCUGGAAGUGACACAGGUCUGUACGAGCUGCUGGCUGCAUUGCCAGCCCAGCUGCAGCCACAUGUGGACAGCCAGGAAGACCUGACCUUCCUCUGGGAUAUGUUUGGUGAAAAAAGCCUUCAUUCACUGGUGAAGAUUCAUGAAAAACUGCAUUAUUAUGAAAAACAGAACCCGAUGCCCAUACUCCAUGGUGCAGCAGCCUUGGCAGAUGAUCUGGCUGAGGAGCUGCAGAGCAAACCACUGAGCAGUGAGAUCAGAGAGCUGCUGAAACUCCUUGCAAAACCCAAUCUCAAGGCUUUGCUGUCUGUACAUGAUACUGUUGCUCAGAAGAACUAUGAUCCUGUCUUGCCCCCCAUGCCUGAUGAUAUUGAUGAGGAAGAGGAUUCAGUUAAAAUAAUUAGGCUCGUCAAAAACCGGGAACCAUUGGGAGCUACUAUUAAAAGAGAUGAACAUACUGGUGCAAUUGUGGUGGCCAGGAUAAUGCGUGGAGGAGCUGCAGAUAGAAGUGGGCUUAUUCAUGUUGGUGAUGAAUUGAGGGAAGUCAAUGGGAUUCCCGUAGAUGAUAAAAAACCUGAAGAAAUAAUACACAUUUUGGCUCAGUCUCAAGGAGCUAUUACAUUUAAAAUUAUACCCAGUGUGAAGGAAGAAAUGCCAAUGAAGGAAGGCAAGGUAAUUAUCAGAGCCUUAUUUGACUAUGAUCCUAAUGAAGAUAAAGCAAUUCCUUGUAAAGAAGCUGGACUUGCUUUCAGAAAAGGAGAUAUCCUUCAGAUCAUGAGCCAGGAUGAUGCAACCUGGUGGCAAGCCAAACAUGAAGGUGAUGCCAAUCCCAGAGCCGGCUUGAUCCCUUCAAAGCAUUUCCAGGAGAGGAGAUUUGCAUUAAGAAGACCAGAAGUGCAGGUUCAGCCACUGAAAAUUUCCAACAGAAAAUCAUCUGGUUUUAGAAGAAGCUUUCGUCUUAGCAGAAAAGAUAAAAAAACAAACAAGUCCAUGUAUGAGUGCAAGAAGAGUGAUCAGUAUGAUACAGCAGAUAUCCCAACCUAUGAAGAAGUUGCAAAAUAUAGACGACAACCCAAUGACAAAUACAGGCUUGUUGUUUUGGUUGGUCCUGUAGGGGUUGGACUGAAUGAACUUAAACGGAAGUUGCUAAUCAGUGAUACCCAGCACUACGGGGUAACAGUGCCACACACUACCCGCCCAAGGAGAAGCCAAGAAAGUGAUGGUGUCGAAUACAUUUUCAUUUCCAAGCACUUGUUUGAGACAGAUGUACAGAAUAACAAGUUUAUCGAGUAUGGCGAGUACAAGAACAACUACUAUGGUACAAGUUUAGACUCUGUUCGAUCAGUUCUAGCUAAAAACAAAGUUUGUUUGUUGGAUGUGCAACCUCAUACAGUGAAACACUUGCGGACAUACGAGUUUAAACCAUUUGUUAUAUUUAUAAAACCUCCAUCACUUGACCGCUUGAGAGAAACCAGAAAAAAUGCCAAGAUUAUUUCAAGUAAAGAUGACAAGGGAACUGCAAAACCCUUUACAGAAGAAGAUUUUCACGAAAUGAUUAAAUCUGCCCAUGUGAUGGAGAGCCAGUAUGGCCACCUUUUUGACAAGGUGAUAGUCAACGAUGACCUUGCUACAGCUUACAGUGAGCUUAAAACAACUUUUGACAGGUUGGAGACCGAGACCUUCUGGGUUCCUGUCAGCUGGCUACACUCAUAGUAAUGUUUUAAGUAGACAAAACCUCUGCUGUUGUAUCAGCAUCUAAACCUUGGGCAUGGUUAGGCUUUACUCGAUGGCCAUUUUCUUGGGAGGAGGGCUUUUAAUUCUACUGAACAGCAGGUUUACUCUUCAUGCACUUGGAACUGGUCUUGUUUUCCUGUGUCUUCAAUUCUGCUGCCCACGGUUUGGGUCAGAACACUCAGAUUAAACCAGAGAUUUACUGUGCUCCGUACAGUGAGCUAAUAUUAGUGUAGCAAAACUGCCAAACACCUCUGUAUCAUCUGUGUGUUUCCAAGGUGAGUGUUUUUAACAUAGAGUUUGCAGAAGAUACAAAUUGGUGCUGGAGAUCAGCACUUCAGUGGUUUUAAGCAUAACUGUUCCCAUAAAAGAGCACAUCAGCACUUGGAAGUUAUUGCCCUUUCAGUGCUUGAGAGAACUGAAACAGGCAAAAGUGACCAACAUUUUUAUGAGGAAGAUACCAUAGUUUUAAUUAUGUAUCAAUGUGUUUUUACUUUUCUAGAUGUUAACCAUGUCUUACAUGUACAGACGGAUUUAGAUAUUCCUUUGCAAUUCCAUAAUCAUGGAAAGAAAGAUGUAUUCAGUGGCUUAAUAGUGAAACACUCAGCUGUGAGCAUGCAUGGAUUGAAAAUACUUUCACGCAUGCUCUGUGGCACAACAAAGAAAAGUAAUGGGAAUAAUUAUUUAAAUAGGAAAAAAUGUGAGUUAGUGUGUAUAUAACUUCAAAGUCUCUGGGAUUAAACUUCUGUAAAAUCAGUGGCAAAGUGAUAUGAAUAGCAACAAAGUAGAGAGUAAUUUUUUUCCCCCUUUAAAUUGGUUUUAAAUCUUUUUGGCACAUUUUAGAACAAUUUUCCCAUCAGAAAUUUUCAAACACCGAGGAAACCUUUGACAUCUGAGAAGCAAUUGAAAGAGAAUAAUUAUUUUUAUUGUUGAGAUUGUAGUGAUACCUUUUAGUAGUGCAACAUGUAUUUUGUCUCCACUCAAAAAUAAAUUAAUGCUGUAGAGUUCACUGUAGAAAACACCCUUGUCACUGGUCAGGCAGUUGGAAACCCCAUUUUAUUAUUUGAUGUCUUUUUAAUCUAGAUAAUUUGGUAUUUUUCUUUACUUACUACUGAUAUGCAGGAAAUGAGUACAGAUGUAAAGACCAAGUAACACCUGUGUGUUGUGUUGUGAAUAUGUUCUUGUAAGUACAGAAUGUGUAUAGGAACUUGCUGACUUCAGAUCAUCCCAUCUGUGGCAUUCAAACAGGAAACCAUUAUUUCAUGUUAAUCUGUAAAGAGAAUAUAGCACUCUUGUUUAAAGAAAAAUAAUUUAGUGAAACUUUAUAUAUUUAUGAAAGGGUUGAAAAGGGAUGUUAAGUUUUUAAAUUUCUUGUCAAUGUGAUCAUUUAUUAAAGAGAUUACUAAGUCUGUAAUUUGAAACAGUCUCUGUAAAUGGAGCUCAACAUUCCAUGUAAAUAUUUUAUUUCAGUUCAUAUGCUGAUAAAGUCAUGAGGUUUUGCAGUUUUAUUCUAAAUGUGUAUUUAAUGUGUGGGCCAUUGCAUUUGGCUUAGAGUCUUAUAAAACAAACGAAAUGCAAGAAACAACAGCAAAAUCCCUGUGAGUCUGGAAAUGUUUAUGCAAGAGUUACAGAUGUACAGUACGGAUACCUGCUCUGCUUGAACCGCUCUACUGUAACGUCUGUCAAAUUUCACCAUUUUCCUGGUAGACUUCAGGUUUUUUUGUAACAUAAAUAGGAAUAUGUUGGUUAAAUUAAUUGCAUAGAGAUUAUCUGAGUUGAGAAAACAUUUUCUACUUUUUUUUAAAUUACUGAAAGUCAAACUAUUGUUCAGGGGAUACGGAAUUCAGCGGGUCAGUUUCCCUUUGCCUGCGAGAUGCCAAGUGCCUUCACCAUCUCUUGAAAUGGAGAGGACACUUGGCAUCUCUCAAGAUUUUCAACAGGAGAGGCUUUAGUCCUCAUUAAAACACUAUUGACAUUGCUUCUAACCUGGGCUGUCUUGGAACACUGGGGUACAGUCAUGUUUGCAUAAGGGACCUGCUUUUCUCUUUUUGAAGUAGAUGCUAGAAUAAUCUGCAAACUCCCUGGUAGAGACAGUUCUGGCUGUCCUGCAGGCUGUUUUUCCUGUCUUUUUGAAAUUAAUUUAAUUCCCAUUCCUGGUCAGUGUGGUCUGGGAGGAUCUGUGCACAGCUCAGCUGUCCUGGGCAGCAGUAAGCAGUGGUGCUCUGUGGUGUUCCAGAGACACUGAUCCUCUGAUCCACGGCACAUCCUGGCAGGAGUCUCCCAGGCUGAUGGCUGCCUGCCCCAUCUCUGAGCCAGGACCUAAUUCCUGAAUAGUAACACCUGCAUAAGAAAGAGAAUCUCAAAAGCACAGCUCCAACCAGCAGAGUAAAAUGUGCACAGUCUUUGACGAGUCAGAAAUGUUCUUAAUUACAUUACUAAGUGCUCUUUAAAAAUCAAUGUUAUUGCAUUGUUUAGCUUCAAAAGCUAAACAUCAAAGCCCUCUAUGGGGCAGGCAGAGAUGACAGUAGGUGUUGGCAGAAAAAAUGUCUUAGUCAAACAGUUUCAACAGGACAGGAGCCUGCUUAUCAUGAUGGAUGCUGAGCCUGUGUGCUGAACUGUUCUGGGAUACCAAGGGGAACAGGGGGGUGGAUUGUUCCUGUGACUCCUAAGAAUUUGGGAACGAAGACAACUAAACAUGUUUCCAAUAUUCCACAUAUUCAAGUUGUGCUGUGUGGGUUUUUAGAGAUAUGUAUGUUUUGACAGUCAAGUCCAGAUGUUUUUAUUGUGUUCUAGCUGUUUGCUGUAGUCAAACAAAGGGUAGUAUUUUUUAAUAUUGUACCAAGCUCUAUACUUGAAUUCACCAUCAGGUCCUUGGUUGAUGUCUUACCUGAAAUCUGAUAUUACCUUCUUAUGCAAAACAAUAAAUUAUUAUAUACCACUGAA